AUGUGUGAAGUGAAAUACAAUGAAGCUAUCGGAACUCCAUUUUUUUCGUUUACGCCACCAUUAUCGGUUGCCGAGUCGCUCGAGGCUUCAAAGACUACUAUAUCAUUCAAUCACCGAAGUAAAUCUGAUCUUAUCCAUGACUACAUGAACGGCCCUCGGGUCCUUUCCGAUGAACAUCUAUGCCAUCUUGUCCUAUCUACGGCAAUACCUACGGCAGCGGCGCCUCCUGGACAUGCCGAGUAUGACUUAUUCAUGUGUGCUCCACAUUUUCUCGGUGACGGUACAUCUCUCCAUCUGGCCACCCAUGAUUUACUCGAGAUUCUGGCAUCAACGAGCACUGAUGACCAGCUGAAGUAUGAAUUAAACCUGGAUGUCAAUUGGAUAAUGGCACUUCCCCCGGCUUAUGAAGCUCGGAUAGAUGUCCCAAAGGCUGCGUUGGCAAGGGCAGUAUCUAAAGUUGAUUUUGCCAAAAGCCUUGACAGGGAAAUUGGGGGACAUACUUUACCUCGACAGCAGCACGGACCACAGAAAACAGUUGUCCAAGAAACAGCCUUUUCUGAGGCAGAGACAUCGGAAAUUCUUCGCAAAUGCAAGGCCAAUAAUGUAACUGUCAAUCAUGUCAUUGUAGCUUUGUGCAACAUCGCCUGGGCGAGGAACGUCAGCGAUGCAAGUCUUAUGCGGAACCCGUUAAUGAUGUAUACAGCUGUGACUCUACGACCGUACCUAUCUGUCAUAAGCGCAACCAGUACCUAUUGGUUUGUGGCUUUGACUUACUUCAACAUCGUUCUUCCCGCAUUCCUGCCGGAGAAUGAGAAGGUGUUCUGGCACCGGGCGCGUAUGGUGAAGUCUCAAAUUCGUCAAAUGGUUCAGUCACCGUUUUUGAGAUCCAGAGCUCUGGAAAUGGGAAAAAUCCGUGUGGCACGCUCCCGGGGACAGACAACUCAUUUACCCUCUUUCUCUGAUAUUGUGAAAGGCACAGAGGUAACGACACAAUCACUCCCACCUGCCCCGAGCGCUGCGCUCCUUGGCCUAUCUCUUAUUGGAAAUCUUGACGCUACUUAUAUCCGCUCAUCAUAUCCCUCCUUCCAUCUCCAUACCGUGACAACCGCAAGCAGACAAAAAGCCGGUGGUAUACUUCUUUUAGAGCAUACAUUUGCAAACAAACUCUGGCUUCAUCUCUGUUGGGACGAGAAUGGAUUUCAGCCAGGGCUUAUUCAAAGGUUUUGGAGCACGCUUCAUGACGUUGUACGCGAGUUCCUGCUGCAAAAUAACUGGACUGAAACUUUCAACGACUGGGAGGAUGGCCUAGAAGAUUAA